GCGCACACCAUGCAUGAUCCGACAUCUGGCCCCCGAACUGCCUUCGCGUCCGAGGGUGUGCCCUCUGCGGCCUGUUUCCCGGUUUUCGUGGAUACCAUCUUUGGGCCCUGCCGCUGGCGCCAUCCUACUCGGGCCUCGGGCCUCAUCCGACCAGCCCGCCUGACGCUGCACGACGACACCUGAACUCCGAUGCGUCUUACUAGCACCUGACAGCUCCGUGCAUUCGCGUCCCCGUCGCCCCGGAAUCGCCUUCGCGUCGGGGUCGGCCCGCCAGGGUCCCAGGGAUGCGCUGGGCCGACUUGGGUACAUCUUGCCUCCGGGUGUCGUAACGCGUCUACCACUGCGCCCCCGCGGCGGAAACGGCAGUGCUGGGGACGUACAUACGUCCAGGGUCGUAUCGCGCUAUGUAGUACUUGGCAUGCUUUCGGUUCCUCGC